AUGACCAGCCUUUUCCACCGCACCGUCUCCAGGCCGCAGCGGGUAGUGCACCGGCUGGAGUUCAACCAGGCCAUGGGCGACUUCCGCACCAUGUUCCCCGGCGUGGAGCGGCAGGUGAUCGAGUGCGUGCUGUGGGCCAACAACGGCGUGGUGGAGGCCACCAUAGAGCAGCUGCUGCAGAUGAGCCUGGACGGCCAGGGCACCGACGACAGCUCCGACUCAGAGGACAGCAUUCCGCCAGAGAUCCUGGAGCGGACCCUAGAGCCAGACAGCUCAGACGAGGAGCCCCCGCCCGUCUACGCCCCUCCCUCCUACGACAUGCACAUCUACGACAGGAAGUACCCUGCCGACGUCCCCAACACGCCCCCACCCAGGUUUGAUGCCCAUCCCCCACCCGGGCACCAGUCGGGGAGUGGCUACAGGAAUUGGAACCCGCCGUUGCUAGGCAACCUCCCGGACGACUUCCUGCGGAUUCUACCCCAGCAGCGCGACAGUCUGCAGCGUUCCCAUAGCAGUCUCUCUCAGCCUUCCUCCUCCUCCUCUUCCUCGCUGUCCUCGCUGUGUCUGCCCCCGGUGCCCUCUGGUGGAGGAGCAGCGCAGGCGGACGCGUGUGGCGGUGGCGGUGGAGGGGGUGGGGGCGAGCAGGAGAGGAUUGUGGGACGGCACCUGGAGGACGAGGAGGACCGGCGUCUGCGUCAGUACCUGGAGGACGAGCGCGUGGCCCUGUUCCUGCAGAACGAGGAGUUCAUGAGGGAGCUGCAGCGCAACCGGGACUUCCUCAUCGCCCUGGAGAGAGGAGACCACUCUGCGGCAGGUUCGGGCGAGCCCCUCCCCACAGCCUCAGACGACGCUCUCUUCCGUGACAAACUCAAACACAUGGGCAAGUCCACAAGGAAGAAACUGCUGGAAAUUGCCAGAUCCUUUUCGGAGAAAACUCGGAGGAGAAAGACCAAGAAGAAGGCCCUGCUGAAGCAUCACUCACUGGGCUCAGCUGCCUCCACUGCCAACCUGCUGGAAGAUGCUGAGGGGCCAGCGCCCGAGGGGGACUGCCAACUCAAGACACCCGACACUCAGGAAGAGGAGACGAAACAAAAUAAGGAAGUACUCUCAUGAUUGUCCCAUCUAGUUCAUGAGUUCCUUGACAACAACAGCCAUGUGUCUCUGAAGUCUUUUGACGUGGAACUCAAUUCAGGCCAUGUGGAUGAAGCCCCUAGUUUAUCGCAUCAUGGAGAGAGAAAGGUGUUGCGCACAAUUGAACUCUGUGAAUUUAGCUUCAGUAAAUCGUCUUAUGAAGAGAACAUUCAUACAUUUGUGUUCUGUUGCCCAUCUCACUGAUUUGGCUCCCUGAUUUGUGUCUUCAAUCUGGUUUGUACUUAAAACUGUUCAAGGAAGUGGGAUCUUCAGAGGUGUGGACCCUACUGCACUAUAAAGAUGUUUGUGUUUAUGCACAUGCCAAACCUCUACUGAUCAAUUGAGUGCUUAUGAUCAGUCAGUCAGAUUUUAUUCCCGACACAGAAAUAUCUCCAAAAUUGUUGAUCACUUUUCAACUUCCUAACCUUACUGUUAACUCUCUUCAUUACACAACAUUACAAAAUGUCAAACUCGUUAGUCGUCAUUUACAGUAUAUUUAGUCGUUAGCGGAUCCUUUUAUCCAAAGCUUGCAACUGUGCACACCGUUGCAACAGUUCACACAGCAACUGUUACCAUACAUAGGCCUUGAGAACUGCCCUAAAUGGACUAACGCCUUGAGGAUCAGUACAGUUAAACCACACAAACUUUAGGGCUCAGCUGGUUGAGACAAGUCGUUUAUAUCAAACAAUGAGACAUCGCCUUGUGUCUAUCUAUGUGGUGCUCAUUUCUGUUAAGCACACUAUUAUCAUUCACCCUUCGUGUUUAAGACAUUCUGUUCCUUUCUUUCUUUCUCUCUUUUUUGGUUUGUGGCAUAGUUGUGAUUUCUACAUAGCCACCUAACAGUUAAUGUCUGAUGUCAAAACACCACUAUGCUGAACCUCAUAGCACUCACAGCACGGACAUCACACUGGAAAAUGACAUUGGAAAAUGUUGAGUGUGUAUCACUAGCCCAAUGUAUGUGUGUGUUUAGGUGUUUGUUUGGUAGUAUGCAUGUGACUGCAACAGCUAGAGCAGCCAGACAGCUACGGUGCUACAUUCUGGGGGGCAUUUUGAAAUCAUGCCUCCAGAGUGUAGCACUGCAGCUGCCUUGCUGUUCUAGCUGUUGGCUACAGAAACUCGAGCUAGGUAGCACCGUUUUUUUUGUUGUUGUUGUUUUUUCCCCUUCGUACCAACAGUACUCGUGGCUUCAAGAAAAAAAGAGAUCUAUGUGAAAAAUUGAAAAACAGAAUUUUCCUUUAAGGUUUCUUUCAAAACGCACAGAGGGAAGCAUAGAAAUGUGAUCAUUCCCUCCCUAACUCCCUAACUCCUCUCUCAGUUUGCCCUGUCAGUGGAGUUGAGGAUGGCGUUGGUAUGCAUGUGUAUAAGCUCAUGUAACUUGCGUAGCGGAGAGAGGAAGGCCAACCAUGUGCAGACUGUUGGCCGGUUCUUAUGAUAUUUUUACUUGCUCAGGGAGAAUCUUUUGCUAUCCUUUGUUUUCUGCUGAAAUUAUAUUUUAAACAUGCAUAUCCUCUGAAAAGAAAAUCACAGAAUAAUGAACUCAUAUUUUACCAUUGUAUAUGCAUCUUACUACUAUAAAUACAUGUUUCUGGUUCAUUGAAAUAUAAUGACAGCAUAUUAGCAUACCAUAACAUCUUGAAUGUCAUGAUAAAACAAUACUGACAUCUCUGAAAUAACGAUGUCACAUACACCCUUGUAACACUCUAAUGUGUAAGCACAGCGUAGCCUGUGUUGCCGCUGUUUGGAACAGCACAUUUGUUCUGGUUCUUCAAUUUGAAAUAUGUGUGCUGACAAUGUACUAUUCAUGUGAAGUAUUCAAUACAAGAUACCAUGGUUGUCAUGUACAGUAUAGGCUUACUUCUCUUCAAAAGACACCUACGUGAAUGAUGAGAUACAGUUAUUCUGUAGUGCUUUUAUUCUUACUCAAUCACAAGGAUGAAAGAAUGUAUAGUUGAAUUAAACCACCAUAUUCCACAUCUUAGGUCUUUAGGGCUUUUCCUACUUAGUUGCGCUAAUAUUUGCUUGUUUCUGAAGGAGGUAUCUGACUGUGCCCUGUUUGGGCUUUCCUGUAUAGCAUACUGCUGAACUUGAUAUUGGGCCAAGUUAUUGUCAACUAAACACAUUUAAUCCUUGCAUCAUCCAUUGAGUAAUCUUGGCUGGAUUUUAACUUUUGUUUUGAAAACAAAACCGUGUAAUGUUAAUGCUGGAUGUUUUGUUUAGAAAACUUGGUGGAGGCCAGUUGAAAUACUAGGCAGAAUACAGUACACUUUCUGUUUACAAUGUACCUCUGUGCAUUACCUUGCAUCGCUCAUAACUCAUAGUAUAUCGCUCAUAAGAAAGACCAUGUACAGCAUACAACACUAAUCUGAGAAAAUGAAAGUCCUGACAUUAUAUUGUGUGUGCCUCUGUUCAGCAUUGGUUAGGGUUGGAAGAGGGAGACUGUAGUGAUUUUCUCACUAUUUGUUUUGAUAGAAUUAAAGGCAGAUUGCUUUUUUGUAGCAUAUACAAUGCAUUGUGUGGUAUUGUAUAUGUAUAAUAAAACUGUAGAAUAUGUGUUAUCAAUUACGGAGUAUUCUGAUUGCUUAGUUAGAAAUGAUUUUAUUUUAGGUGUGUUUUUUUUUGUUCCAAGAAUAUCUUAACUUACAUUUUAUGAAUUGAUUUAAACUUAAGUUUUCUUCCUAAUAAAGUUAUGCUCUCUGAA